AUGUUACAAACCGUGUUAACGGUUAAAGAUUUCAAUUCAGUUUGCAGGAUUUGUUUGCAAUGUCAAAAAGAUAUGAUAGAUAUAUUCAGUACUGGUUUUCAUAAACAAUUUAUUAAAAUUACCAAAAUAGAGGUUAAAUGCGAUGAUAAUUUACCAAAGAAGAUAUGUCAAAAUUGUUUAACUCAAAUGAAGCAUUUAUCAGAAUUUUUAGAAAAAGUAAAAUCAUCUGAUGCUUACCUACACUUGCUGUUAUCUUGUGACCAAGAUUUAAACGGAAAAGAAAAAGGCAAGAAAUCAUAUUGUCGUAGCAAGAUAAAAACGAAAAAAAUAAAAUCGAAAAGAUUUUUAAAAAAUUCAAAAAUUGUUAAAGAGAAAGAGUUAGAUGUAGAUAAAAAUAAAUAUUAUGUAAUUUUUGUACCUGAUAGUGACAAAGAUAAAAAACUUGAUGCUGAAAUAUGUAUUAAGGAUAUUAGUUUAAACGAAAAUGAAAAUUCAGAAUUACUUCAUUUUUGUAAAUCUUUAAUUAAUGAUCAUUCCAAAGUAAAAUUACGUCAAAAAUUACCAGAGACUGGGGAAAAUGAAGAAGAAAAUAAAAAAAUUAAUGAAAUUAAAAAAUGUAAAAAUUCUUAUGAAGAAAUGAAAGACUUGAAUAAUCAUUAUUUAAUUCAUCAUUCUCAUGUAACAAUAAAUAAUAAAUUUUAUUAUGAAUGUCCAGUUUGUAAAUUUAAAGGAGAUAAAAAAUUUGAAUUUUUAAAUCAUUUGACAAAACAUUCCGAGGAAGUUGACAGUGUUGGAGAACCAUUAGAACUAAAUGAAGAAGAAGAUGAAAAAAUUUUUGUAUCAUUUACUGAAGCUGUGACACUUAUGUCAAUAUUAAAUAACUCGUCGAAAAUUUAUGAAAUUGAAAAUGUUUAUUCAUGUGAAGAAUCUCAAUUUAAAAUAGAUUCUUUACUUGAGGAGCAUUAUGAAGAAGAACCUCCUAAUUCUCUAGUAGAAAAAUCUUUAAAUAAAAUUUGUCCUGUGUGCAAAAUGGAAAUUUCAUUUGAUAAAAUAAACGAUGAUGUAGUUGAUAUAGACGAAGAUGAAGAAGGUAAAAAAAAUAUGAUAUUUAUUUGUGAAAAGUGCGAAAUGAAAUGUUUAGGAAUAGAAAACUAUAAAAAACAUUAUUCGAGUUGUAAAGGACAAAAUUUAUAUAAAAAAUUAGAAAUCUGUCAAGUUUUCCAAGGGGAUUCCCUGAAAAUUCACUGUAAACGACAAACGUUACGAAUGGAAAAUUUUAUUAAAUGCGAAAUAUGCAAUCGGAAAUUUAUAAGACAAGCUUCUUUUGAUAGACAUAAAUCCGCACAUUUAAAUCCUAGAUAUUUCGAUUGUGAUAUUUGUAAGCUUCCACUCCCAUCUAAAACAAGUCUGCAAAAACAUUCGGAAUUGCACAAAAUAAACGUUAGUAAUUUUAAAUGUAAAACGUGUAAAGCUAAUUUCACGUCCAGGGAUUCUUUGACCACUCAUCAGAGUAGUGCGGGUCAUAACGUGAGUCGUCAACGUGAGUUAGAAUGCAAUGUUUGCGGGGAAAAGUUUCUAAUAGGUAAAAAAUUUACGGAACACAUCAAAAUGCAUCCCAAGUACAAAAUGGGAGAAUGCGGUUUAUGCGGAAAACGUUUGUCAACAUUUCAAUCUCUCAUGUUUCACAUGCAAAGGCAUUUCAAAUCGAACAGCAUUUUAUGUCCUCAUUGCGGAAAACAAUUUUUCGAAGAAAAAAAUUACAACAGGCAUUUGUUGACACACGAAGGCAUAAAACCAUAUUCUUGCGACAUUCAAGGAUGCGAAAAAUCAUUUUACACGUUUUUCGAAUUGAACAGACAUAAAAAAUAUCACAACAACACGAGAGAUUUCGUUUGUCCUCAUUGUGCGAAAAGUUUUCACGAAGCGAAUCAUUUAACGGUGCACGUGCGCAUUCACACGGGUGAGCGUCCCUACACGUGUCCACACUGUAAAAGAGGUUUCAUAACGAGAACUCGUUGCAAGCAUCACAUAAAAUUGGUACAUCAAGGAAUCGGCUACGAUCAAAUACAGAGCAGAAUAUCUAAAAAAGUCGCCAUAUUUGAAACCUUAGAUGGUAACUAA